AUGCUCGCCCUCUCCAGCACGGCAGCGCUCUCCUUCGCCGGCCCCGGCCUCGCGGGCGUCUCGUCGCGGGCGGGCGGCGCGGCGAUGGUGGCCAAGUCCAAGGCCAUCCCCUUCCUCGACGCGUACGACGCGCCGGCACUGACUCAUACAUUGGAGUGUCAUCGCCUGCCGGACGCACGACGCAUGACCUCCGGCACGACGAUGGCCACCCCGCGCGCCGACGUCGACGACAUCAACGUCGACGUCGAGCAGUCCGCCUCCGCCGGCAAGCCGGCCAAGAAGCGCACCAACCCGCUCGCGACGAUCUCCAACCUCCGCCACAUCCUCAGCGUCCACAAGGCGGCGGGAGCCGUGGGCGGGGCCGUGGGCGGGGCUGUCGACACCGCCGGCGCCGCCUCGCGCGAGACGGCGCUGCUCGCGGGCCGCACGUUGCUGAUGCUGCUCAACAACCCGAUCACCGGCCCGGCCACCAUGCGCAUGCUGCGCGAGGGCCCCGACACCGCCACCGCGCUCCUCGACCUGCUGCUGGUGCCCGUGCUGCCGACGGUGCGCAUGCUCGUGGGCAAAGAGCUGAUCGAGAUGUCCCAGCCUGGCGCGGCCGUCCCCGUCAACAGCGUCAUCACCUUCGCCUUUGCGCGCCGCCUCAAUGUCGAGCCCGGCGACCUGCGCGCGGGCAAGGUCGUCCCGGAGCUGAGCCUGCGCCUCUCGCCCCUCGCGGCGGGGCUCGGCGGGAUGGUCAAGAUGGUUGGACAGAGCGGCGCCGCCGUCGGCUCCACGGCCGCGUCCGCCGUGCCCGGCAAGAAGACGAGGAAGGCGAAGGCCGACGACGCGCAGGGCUCGGUGGCGGCGCUCAAGGAGCUGCGCGACGCGGGCAUCAUCUCGGGGCGAGAGUACGAGCGGAAGAAGGCCAAGGCGCUGGGGACGAACGCGGAGAAGGCGUACGAGGACGGCUUCGCCGCCGGGCGCGCGGCCGCUCGGGCGGAGCGCGGCCCCUUUGCCGCCUGCCUUCCCAAGGCGCAGACGGCGGCUGAGGCGGCCGAGGCCAAGGCGGCGGCGGAGGCCAAGGCGGCGGCGGAGGCCAAGGCCAGGGAGGAGUGGCCGGUGGAGUACCGCGACAUCAAGGAGCAGAUCAUCAAGAUGACGCCCACGCUCAAGUUCUCGCUCUCGCUCGGUCAGCUCGACGCCUAUGUCGGCGCGACCGGCUGGCUCGGGUCGCUGCUCUCGGGCUCGACGCAGCCGUCCGAGGCGGCGCUCGCGCGGCUGCGGCUCGAGCGCGUGUCGGUCGAGGCGCGGGUGCGCAUCUUCUGGCACCCGCGCGCGCAGAAGGCCAAGGUCGUGAUGCUGAGCGAGCCGCCGCCCAAGGUGGUUGAGCUGUCGCACGAGCUGACAGUCUUGCGGUCGUGCGCGGUGCCGCCCGAGCUCAACCAGCGGCUGCUCGAGCUGGUGCUGCCAAAGCUGGCGGGCAAGUUCUUCGACAUCGACCUGAAGCCGCCCCGCGGCGAGGACGCCGCGCCGGACAGCGGCGACGAGGCUGCGGGCAGGGCGGGCAAGAAGAAGACGAAGAAGAGCUCCUCCGGGAUGGGGAAGAGGAGCCCGCGGGGGGAGGGGGAGUCCGAGGCCAAGGCGGACGACGAGGCCGCGGACGACGAGUGA